GGAAACAAGAUGGCUCACGUGCGGGCGAAGAAGGCACUGGGCGCAGCCGGGGCUGGUGACACCCAAGAAAAUAACAGUGGGGACGAAGAUGAACAGAACCUAUGGUCCUCAAUUCUCAGUGAAGUUUCUGCACGGUCCCUUUCCAAAUUGCCUUCUGGGAAAAAUAUUUUGGUUUUCGGAGAGGAUGGCUCGGGAAAGACGACGAUCAUUGCUAAACUCCAAGGAGUAGAGCAGCCUAAAAAAGGGAGAGGGCUGGAGUAUCUGUACCUGAGUGUCCAUGAUGAAGUCAGAGAUGACAAGACAUACUGUAACGUGUGGAUCCUGGGUGGUGAUCUGUACUAUAAAGGCCUUCUGAAAUUUGCUGUCUCAGUGGAGUCGCUGAGGGACACCCUUGCAGUUUUCGUUGUGGACAUGUCCCGACCAUGGACUAUUAUGGAGUCUCUCGAGAAGUGGACCAGUGUCCUACGUGACCAUGUCAACAAACUUAAGAUUCCUCCAGAGGAGAUGAGGAAGAUGGAACAGAAAAUGGUAAAGGACUUCCAGGAGUACACAGAACCAGAGGAGGCAACCCCAGCCUCUCCACAGAGAUGUGGGCCCAGCAGUGGUGUAGAGGAGGAAGGGGUGUUAAUCCCGCUCGGAGACAACGUACUCUCACACAACCUAGGCAUUCCAGUGCUAAUAGUUUGCACAAAGUGUGAUGCAAUCAGUGCCCUGGAGAGGGAUCAUGACUACAGAGAAGAGCACUUUGACUUCAUCCAAUUCCAUAUUCGACGGUUUUGUUUACAGUAUGGAGCUGGCUUGAUUUACACUUCAGUGAAAGCGGGGAAAAAUCUGGACCUCCUUUAUAAAUAUAUAAUGCAAAAAAUGUAUGACUUCCAGCUCACCACACCAGCCUUUGUGGUUGAGAAAGAUGCCAUUUUCAUUCCAUCAGGUUGGGACAACGAAAAAAAAAUUGCAAUCUUGCAUGAAAGUUUCACAGCGGUUAAACCUGAAGAUCCCUUUGAAGACUUUAUCAUGAAGCCUCCUGUACGAAAGCUGGUUUAUGAUAAAGAAGUGAUUGCAGAGGAUGAACAGGUUUUUCUCAUGAAGCUGCAGUCAUCAUUAGCCAAGCUGACAGCAGUCACCAGGGCAACGGAGCCUCCUUCUCGGACUGUGCCUGGAUCACCUCGACCGACUGGUCGAACUGGACCUGCCAAUGUUGCUAGUGUCUUGCCUGUGAUUCCUGUCAAGACAUCUGACAUGAAAGGGGCUGCAGCGAAUGAGGGGGUCCUUGCCAACUUCUUCAACAGCUUGUUGAGUAAAAAGACAGUCACCACAGGGACUCAUGGUGUUGGAGGAGGAGGAGGUGGGGUACAGGGUGCAGCCAAGAAAGCAGGGCAGAAGCUGGUUUUGACUGACGUCCAGUCUGAGUUGGACAAAAAGACUCCCAAACUGGACACCACGGUAAUGCCCAACAAUGCAUCGCCAACUGAGAAUGAAGAUUGAACACUCCGCACAGCAAUGACAUUGAAAAAACCUAAAAAAAAAAAAAAAAAAACACAAAAUAA